AUGGAAGUACCAGGACGUCGAGUAGAUGAACAAGAACAAAAAUACUGUCAGCCAUGUUUGAAUGACGAGGAGAGUGUAGUGGCUACAGGCUAUUGUAAGUCCUGUAACGAAUUCUUUUGUACUGACUGCAUAAAAUAUCAUCGUAAACAAUCUGCGACUAAAAACCAUUUGAUUUUAGAAGGACAAUUGAUGCCAAGGUCCACGGCUCCAAACCUAGAUGAUGACACAUGUAAUAAGAUCUGUAACAAGCAUAAAGGUGAAGUAUUAAAGUUCUUUUGCUCGUCUCACGAUGAACUAGGAUGUGGAGAUUGCAUGGUGUUGGACCAUAAGAUUUGUAAAGUAGAUCGAAUACAAGAUAUAUCUGGUCGAUAUUUUGAUAGUCCCGAGCAUCGAAAUUUGAUAGGAAAAUUAGUAUAUAUUUGCAAACAACUUGAUGGAAUAUGUACUUCGUUACAAACCGCAGAUCGAGACAUCGACCAAUCAUAUUCGCAGGCGUUGAGAGACAUCAAGUCUUUCAGGAAAGAAAUCGAUGCAUAUCUAGAUAAAGUUGAAGCAGACAUGCUUGAUAGAUUGAACAAAAGGAAACUGGAAAAUGAACAGAUUGUUACCAGACUUAAAGCAGAACAUCUUUCACUUACACAUGAAAUUAAGGAUAUGAAAGACAGCCUGGAUAAGCAUGCAGGUGAAGCUAAUGGACUGUUUGUGGUUGCCAAUCAGGUUAAAGGGAGAGCGGCGACAAUGGAAACGGCGUGUUUACAAAUGCUUUACAGCAGUCAGACAGAGAAGUAUGUGUUCAACAAGUCCCUUGAAUUGCACGCAGCAAUGUCAUCAUCCGUUCCUUUUGGAACACUGAAAAACAUCAAUAACGAUGUACGACCUAGAAAGCUGCUGAAAGAUAUGGAGCCAAUUUUUCAAAGUGAAAUAGAAAUAAAAUCCCACCAGGACCAAUCUGAUUGCUUUAUAAUCGCUUCGGUUCUUUUUUCACAAAAUCAGAUAGUUCUUGCUGAUUUUGGAAACAAGUGUUUAAAAGUGUUUGAUAUAGAAAAGGGUGAAUUGCAAGGGAGAAUUCAGUUAUCUGGAGAACCACAUGAUGUAGCAGUGCUGGGCAAGCAAGCCAUUGCGGUCACAAUUCCGGACGAAAAGAAAAUAAAAGUAUUUGCUCUUACAGACAAGAACGAUUUCGUUGAAAUCUACGCUAUUGAUAGAUGGGGGUAUGUAAGAAAAAUCGCUUGCAGAAACAAAAGGUUGGUCAUAGCAUACGAGUCUACACUUGAAGUCAUGAAUACAAAUUGGGUUGUGAUAAAGCAAGGACACCCAGCGGAACUAGGUAUGAUUGUCAGCAUAGAAAUGGAGCAUGACAACAAUGCAUUUUAUGUUGCUAACAGUUUCAAAGAAAACAAGGCCACGGCUGUCUACAAGUUUGAUUUUGAUUGUAAAGUACUUGCUAAGUACACAGACAAUGGUCUUCCAGAUGUAAGAGGUUUGGCAUCUACACAGUGUGGUAUAGUGCUUGUGUGUAAAUGGGAUCAUAAAGGAAGCAUUUACAUGUUAUCACAUGACGGCAAGAAAAUCAAGGAAAUUCUGCUUAACCAUGAACACGCCCAAAUGCCAUACUGCAUAUCAUUUUGUGACGCAAGAAAGAAAUUGUUUUUAUGCAACUAUAAAACAAGCAUUGAUCCAAAAGAAAAGAAUGUUCUUAAGCAAUUUCAAAUGUGGUAG